GGUCCCGACUGAAAUCAGAGCCCACAGGUUGUGUGGAAAUAAAGUUUCUCCGUGACCCUCUGUGGAUAGAAGGAGGUCUGCGUAGGAGCCCGUAUUGUUUUCAGGUGGAUUUACAUGAUGGAAUGGAGCGAGUGUUGAGUUUGAGCAGUUGGAGACGGAGGAGUUGAACAUGGAGCAGCAUUAGUCCGGAGAUAGCCCCAGGCAGCAGAGCCACAACCAGGUGGAGGAGAGUCCCACGGCAGAGUGAAGUGUUCCACAGUCCGACUGGAUAGAACAGCACAGGAGAAAACUGGAGGGAGGAGGAGUGAGUGGGAAACCGGCAACGGAGAAGAGAAACAGAGGCAGCAGAAAGAAGCCAAAGGUGGAUUUUAUGAGAAACCUAAAAGCUGUGUCUGGCAAAGAUCACCUGAUUCCAGCCAACAUGGAUAGAAGACCCACCUGUGACCAGUGUGGAAAGACUUUCACCGACAUGAGUAACCUUAAGAUACACCUGCACAUCCACAGUGGAGAAAGACCAUAUGACUGUUAUCAGUGUGGGAAGACUUUCACCCAAAUGACUAACCUUAAGAGACACCUACGCCUCCACAGUGGAGAAAGACCAUAUGACUGUGACCAGUGUGGGAAGACUUUCACCCGAAUGAGUAACCUUCAGGUACACCAACGCAUCCACAACGGAGAAAGACCAUAUGACUGUGACCAGUGUGGGAAGACUUUCACCCAAAUAAGUAACCUUCAUGCGCACCAACGCAUCCACAAUGGAGAAAGACCAUAUGACUGUGAUCAGUGUGGGAAGACUUUCAUCCAAAUGAGUAACUUUAAGAGACACCUACGCAUCCACAGAGGAGAAAGACCAUAUGACUGUGACCAGUGUGGGAAGACUUUCACCCAAAUGAAUGACCUUAAGAGACACCUACGCAUCCACAUAGGAGAAAGACCAUAUGAUUGUGACCAUUGUGGGAAGACUUUCACCCAAAUAAAUAACCUUCAUGCACACCUACGCAUCCACAGAAGACAAAGACUGUAUUAUUGUGACCAGUGUGGGAAGACUUUCACCCGAAAAAGUCACCUUCAGGCACACCAACAUAUCCACAAUGGAGAAAAACCCUAUGACUGUGACCAGUGUGGGAAGACUUUCACCCAAUUAAGUAACCUUCAUGCACACCAACGCAUCCACAAUGGAGAAAGACCAUAUUACUGUGACCAGUGUGGGAAGACUUUCACCCAAUUAAGUAACCUUCAGGCACACCAACGCAUCCACAAUGGAGAAAGACCAUAUGACUGUGACCAGUGUGGGAAGACUUUCACCACAAUGAGUAGCCUUAAGAAACACCUACGCAUCCACAGAGGAGAAAGACCAUAUGACUGUAACCAGUGUGGGAAAACUUUCACCACAAUGAGUAACCUUCGGGCACACCAACACAUCCACAGUGGAGAAAGACCAUAUGACUGUGACCAGUGUGGGAAGACUUUCACCACAAUGAGUGGCCUUAAGAAACACCUACGCAUCCACAGUGGAAAAAGACCAUAUGACUGUGACCAGUGUGGGAAGACGUUCAUCAGAAUGGAUGACCUUAAGACACACUUACGCAUCCACAGAGGAGAGAGACCAUAUUAUUGUGACCAGUGUGGGAAGACUUUCACCCAAAUAAGUCACCUUCAGGCGCACCAACGCAUCCACAGAGGAGAAAGACCAUAUGACUGUGACCAGUGUGGGAAGACUUUCACCCAAAUGAGUAACCUUAAGAGACACCUACGGAUCCACAGAGGAGAAAGACCAUAUUGUUGUGGUCAGUGUGGGAUGACUUUCACCAGAUUGAAUUACCUUAAGAGACAUCUAUGCACCCACAGAGGAGAAAAACCAUAUGGCUUUGAACAGUGUGGGAAGACAUUUACCCAGCUGUCUGCCCUUCAGACACACCAACGUAUCCAUUGUGGAGAAAGUCAAUAAAACUGUUACCAGUGUGGGAAGACUUUCAGAGUCUUGUCUGUACUAUUUUCUCACCUUCACGUUCACCACAAGAACUUGAUGUACCCAUGUGAUAUGCACAACGAUACUCUGGUCAUCCAACUUUGUGUCUCCAACAAGUGUCACCAACAGACCCUUACUGGAGAGAACCCUUACCCGUGGAGAUUUUAUGACAGAUCUUUUAUCACAGGUUCACAAUGUACCAAACGUGAAUGUGUCAAAAAUUUCCACGAAGGACAAAAACUGAGCAAUUGUAUAAAAAGUAAGGCUCUAGAAACUCACAGAAAUAAUCGGUGUCAUAACACGACUUAAGAAGAAAAAAACCCAGCAAAAGUUAUAUAAGUUAUAAUAAGGACAGAUGCAUCAUUAUCAGACAACACUGUCUGUAGAUCCUCUCAGCCCAUUAUUUGGUAACAUUUUGGAUGUUUAUAAAAAGUCAGUGGUUGAUUUUAAUCUGUUUUGUUUACAUUUACAAUUGAAUUUAUACUCAUUCAAAGAUGAUGUUAUUUAAUGCUUGAAAAUAGUCAAAUUAUGCUCUUUUUGUCUAUGAAAUUAAGCUUUGUUUUGUCUCCAUGGCACAUAAGAGGUAAUACAUGAAGGUUACAAAAAAUAAUUUAAAAAAUCACAUCGGUAUUGUCACAAUGGUUAUCUGUCAGCCCAUACUUUUACAGUUGCUGUGGUCUUGGAUUUUGUGAUUUGCUGCUAAUUUUGUUCAUUUUUAUACAUCGAGAAAAUUAGUGUUAAUUUUGUUAACCAAAUUACAUAUGAUUUAGAUUAAUAAAUUGAGUUCAGUCAGGUCUUAUAUAAAAAGAUGGAAACACUUAAAUAACUGUGAACAAAAUAAACCCUAAGGCCUAAAGAGAAAGUGUAAGUCAUGAUAAGUAAAUAUAAAAAUAUAUCAUGAUAACAAUGAUGAUUUUUUUUGUCGUCCAUAUCUGUUGUACUUAGUUGAAUUUACAGUUAAUGUUUUGGACUUUUCUUUGUAUUAACCUACUUAUUUAACAGUAUAAAUUACUCAAAAUCGACUAUAAUUGUCUGUACAUAUACUAGGAAAACACUUAAUAAUUAGGCAACUGUAAAAUGAAGUGUUACCCACAUCUUGGAGUUAAAAACUGUGGGAGUAAAUGACUGAAUUGUCGACUGUUUUUCUGAACCCUGGGAUAAAUAAAGUCGUCAUCUGGGUUGGAUAGCGGACUCCGACAUCCAGCUCCGGCUCUGGUUCUGUUUGUCUUUGGUUCACACACACCCUUUAACUCCUGAUGUAUCAGUGGUGAGCGUUCUGAAUGUAUGAUUUA